CAUCCCUCACUCCUAACCCAGAUGGCUGAGGCGGAAGGGGAUCCCAGGGAUCUCGUUACACUGACACAUGACAAACUCUCGGUGGACACAGUGUCAGACUCUGUCACCUGCCCUUCCUGUGGAGCCAUCUCCAUCUUCAUAGGGACGACGAGGAACCGUUUCGAAGGGAUGAAAGUGGUGCAGCUGGAGUAUGAAGCCUACAUCCCCAUGGCCGAAUCAGAACUCAGGAAGAUAUACACUGACAUCAGGGCAAGAUGGCCGACUGUCAGGCACAUCUGUGUUCAUCAUCGACUGGGGGUGGUGCCUGUGACGGAGGCCAGUGUGAUCAUCGGCAUCUCGUCUCCUCACCGAGGGGACUCUCUGGAGGCAGUGCAGUACUGUAUAGAUACCCUGAAAGCCACCGUGCCCAUWUGGAAGAAGGAGGUGUAUGAAGCUGACGAGUCCUGUUGGAAAGAGAACAAAGAGUGCCAGUGGACAUGCCAGAGUUGACCUCUAACCUCAUCUAGGAGCUUUUUUAUGCCAAAUAUUAGGUCAUACACACUGUAUCCGUUUUUUUAAAGCUGUCCCUAAUACAAAWAUUAAGUCAGUCACACCUUGAUGUACGUAAAGUUUUAAUGAAAUAAAAUGUACCAUCAGUAUAUAUACAACCCUUUCAAACUUUUGAAUGCUAUAAAAUGUUAAUGAAAGAAGUGGCAUGUGUACCCAUUGAAAAUAUAUCUGGAAAGAUAUCAGUGCAACAUUUCUUCUCGUAAACAUUCUCUCAGAGAGUUUAGUCUUUGCUACUGUGCCGUAUCUUACACUGAGCUUCUCUWUUCUCUCAAUCACGAUACAGUAACUUUACCAAUAAACAAAUGAACCAGUA